ACUGCUUAGUUCAUCCACCUUAGCCUUCCAUCAAUGGCCAACCUUAUCACUCUCCCUCUCCAUGAGAAGGUUCCUCGUAGGAACACUCUAUCAAGAGCACUGAGUCUGCUCAUCCUCUUCCUCCUCCUCUCUCUCCUCUUUUACCGGCUCCAUCACCUUGGAAGCCAUGGACCCGUUUGGCUCAUCGCCUUCCUUUGUGAGUUAUGGUUCACCUUCAUUUGGGUCAUGAACAUAAACACUAGAUGGAACCUGGUUGAUCAGAAAACGUAUCCGGAUCGGCUUUUAGAGAGGUUCCAAGACUUUCCUGCAGUAGACAUGUUUGUUACUACAGCUGACCCUUUGUUGGAACCGCCGAUCAUGACUGUAAACACCGUUCUCUCAUUGUUGGCUGUCGACUACCCAUCUCACAAGCUGGCUUGCUAUGUGUCGGACGAUGGGGCGUCGCCCAUCACUUUUUAUUCUUUGAUUGAAGCUUGCGAGUUCGCGAAGCUGUGGAUUCCCUUCUGCAAGAAACACCGUGUUCGAAUUCGAGCUCCUUUCAUGUAUUUCUCGACUGAACCUGAAGUGCCAAUCGGCCAUUCUUCGGAUGAUUUUGUUCGCCAAUGGAAAGAGAUGAAGGACCAAUAUGAGGAACUUGGCCGGAAAAUUACAGAGGCUGUCCAAAAAUCGUCGGCUCCUGAUCAUUUAAUGGACCAUUUUGAAGAUUUCUCGAAUAUUAACCGUCAAAACCAUCCGAGCAUAGUUAAGGUGAUAUGGGAGAAUAAGGAAAAGAUACCAAAUGGGAUUCCUCCUCUUGUUUAUGUGGCCAGGGAGAAGAAGCCAAAGCAACCUCAUCACUUCAAAGCUGGAGCUAUGAACGUUCUGACAAGGGUAUCCGGAGUGAUGACAAAUGCACCAUUCAUGUUGAACGUGGACUGCGACAUGUUUGUGAACAAUCCACAGGUUGUCCUGCAUGCAAUGUGCUUCUUUCUGGGCCACGGUAAAGAAAUAGAAAAUGGGUUUGUGCAAUUUCCACAGGUGUUCUACGGCGGCCUCAAGGAUGACCCAUUUGGAAAUCAAAUGGUUGUGGUACAAGCAUAUCUACAGCACGGGACAGCGGGAAUUCAAGGGCCCAUUUAUGCAGGGUCAGGAUGCUUCCACAGAAGAAAAGUUAUAUAUGGGCAGCUGCCAGAUUGUAAAGAAACUAAACGCUCAAAUUUCAAUUCAAUCAAUGGUCAUGAAUUACAUGAAAAUGCGUUGGAUAGAGGAUUUGGCCACUCAACCAAAUUCUCAAAAUCAGUUGCUCGAAUAAUGUCUGGAAAACAUGAAGAAUCAUAUAGUCCGUCUGAUUUUUCCACAACUCUUGAGGCAGCUAAGGAGGUUGCAGAUUGUCAGUAUGAGUUCAACACCCGCUGGGGUAAAGAGGUGGGUUUGAUGUACGGAACUGCGACCGAGGACGUCCUCACAGGGAUAAAGAUCCACUCUAUGGGCUGGGGCUCGGUCUAUUGUACGCCCGAGGAGCCAGCGUUUCUUGGGUGCGCACCCAUGGGUGGGCCCGCUACCCUAUUGCAGAUGAAAAGGUGGGUCACGGGCCUUCUUGAAAUCCUAGCUGGAGAACACAACCCCUUCCUGGCCACCCUCUCCACCAGUCUCAGAUUCCGACAGUCCUUGGCGUACGUUAGCAUGGUGUGGGCUCCGAAGUCCAUUCCGGAGAUGUGCUACGCUGCGCUGCCAGCCUUUUGUCUCCUCACCAACGCGUCCUUCUUGCCUAAGGUAAUUAAGCAAGCAGCGGGACUGAUCAUGUACAUGAGCUAUCUAGGGCCCACCACACGCGCAUCGGAUCCCUGGAUGAUCAUCGCUACAACCCUUCUCAUCUUGUCCAACCUCUACAGUCUAAUGGAGUACCUUCAAUGCGGGCUAUCCGUCCGUGCAUGGUGGAACAAUCAGAGAAUGAUGAGGAUAACAUCGGCGACUGCGUGUUUGUUCGCAGUCUUGGAUGUCAUACUGAAGCUUCUCGGCUUAUCGGAGACGAUCUUUGAAAUUACACGUAAAGAUCAAAGUUCUACAGAUAGUAGCACUGAUGUGGAUGCCGGACGAUUCACCUUCGACUCCUCACCGAUCUUCGUGCCAGCGACGGCUAUUGUGUUAGUGCAUAUGACUGCACUUGCGGUGGGCCUGUUAGGGGUGUGGCUACCAGUCUUUGGUGGACCACCAGGGCUAGGAGAGAUGGUAUGUAGUACAUGGGUGGUGCUGAGCUUCUUUCCUUUUGUCAAAGGGCUUUUUAGUAAAGGAAGUUAUGGGAUCCCCUGGCCCACCAUAUGCAAAGCUGCGGCAUUGGCUUUCCUCUUCUUGAAUUUCUGUACUAGAUUUAGAUCAAUGUAGUUGAGAGCUUCGAUCCUCUGCAAUUCCUUGUAAAACUAAGUUAUUCUCCUGCCAGUGAAAAGUUAUUCAUCUGCUAUUCACCUUGUCUA